AUGCCCGCGCGAACUUCGAGGUCGACGCGGACGUCGGCAGCGACUGUGUUGCACAAGCCGUCGCUCGCCAGCCUCAAUCCGCGCGCGUCGACAGCGUCGCGCGCUUCGUCGGUUGCGCACCUGGACGUCCCCCAAGAGGCGCCCGACAAUGCGCUGCGCACCCAGGUCGCGACCGUGUUCCGCGAGGCCCAGCGCACCACAGCCUCGCACCGCAAGCUCGCCGUCACGCUGCGCAAGACACAGGAGGCCUGCUGCUACGAGCCCACCGGCGCCAAGCAGUCGGCCGCUGCCGACUUCGACGAGGACGACUUCAACGCCGAGUUUAUACGUUGCGUCCUGCGUGUCAUGCCCGUCAAGAAGAGCGAGGGUGUCGGCGAGAAGACGAUCCGCUUCAUCGGCCUCUUCCUGCGCUACUCGGUCGACAAGGACAACGAGGUGCUGGGCGAAGCCGACGAGGAUGCUAGUACCAUGCCCGAGACGCCCGGCACCCGCCUGACCAACCGCCUGAUCGAGACCGUCGUCCCCCUGCUCACCGCUAAGGACAAGUUCGUGCGCUACCGCUCCACCCAGCUCAUUGCCCACAUCAUCAACUCGCUGGACGCCAUCGACAACGACGUCUUCCAGAAGCUGCGCUCCGGCAUGCUCAAGAGGAUCCACGACAAGGAGGCCAUGGUUCGUGCCCAGGCCGUGCUGGGGCUAGGACGCCUAGCCGGAAACGAGAUCGAGGCCGAACCCGAGUCCGAGGAGAGCGACGGAGGCGAUAACGCGUCUGGCCUCCUCCAGAAGCUCUUAGAAGUGAUGCAGAACGACCCCAGCGCCGAUGUCAGGAAGUCCCUUUUGGGUAAUCUGCCGGUUCUGCCAAAGACGCUGCCGGUUCUGCUAGAACGCGCACGCGACCAGGAUGCCCUGACGCGCCGGGCCGUCUACUCGCGUCUCCUGCCCGCCCUCGGCGACUUCCGCCAUCUUUCGCUCACCAUGAGGGAGAAGCUGCUGCGCUGGGGCUUGCGCGAUCGGGACGAGAACGUGCGCAAGGCUGCCGGCCGACUCUUCCGCGAACGCUGGAUCGAGGACUGCGCCGGCACCCCGCCCCCCACUGAGCUUGGCCAGCCUAUUGAAGUGUCGCCACCCACUAUCGAAGCGCUGCUGGAGCUCCUAGAGCGCAUCGAUGUUGUCAACUCUGGCGUCGAGAAUGGGGUGGCCCUCGAAGCCAUGAAGGGCUUCUGGGAGGGACGUCCAGAUUACAGGGAGGCCAUCACGUUUGACGACCACUUCUGGGAGACGCUGAGUGCCGAGUCUGUUUUUUGCGCGCGAACCUUCAACGAUUUCUGCAGGAACAGCGAGAGCAAUGGGAGGUACGAGUCGCUCAUUGAGGAGAAGCUCCCCGAGGUCACCAAGGUGGCCUUCUAUCUCGAACGGUACAUCAAGGUCCUAAUCGACGCCAUUAAGGAGGCCGAGGAGAAAUAUCUCGAGGGUGACGAGGAGGAACAGGAUGAUGACACGGUCGAGCAGGAGUUUAUUGUCGAGCAGCUACUGCAAAUUGCCCUCACCCUCGACUACUCUGACGAAGUCGGGCGGCGUAAGAUGUUUUCCCUUCUCCGUCAGACGCUGUCGAUUCCCGAGCUACCAGACGAGGUGACCAAACUCACCGUGGGUGUGCUCCGGGACAUUUGUGCUCCUGAUGCCGCCGGCGAAAAGGAGUUCUGUAGCAUCGUGCUCGAAGCUGUCGCCGACGUGCACGACACCAUCCUCGACGAAGACCUCCCGUCCGAAGAUGCUGAUGAGAGUUUCCACUCGGCCAAGUCUGAGGUCAGCACCGACAGCACUCCCACCAAGCGCGGCAAGAGUAAGACUCCUGAGCUCUCGGAGGAGGAAGCUGCCAAGAAGGCCAUCAGGGAGAUCAUGAUCAACAUGAAGUGUCUGCACAUCGUGCAAUGCAUGCUCUCCAACGUUGCCGGCGACCUACAGCAAAACGACAGCCUCAUCGGCAUGCUAAACAACCUAGUUGUUCCGGCCGUCCGCAGCCACGAGGCCCCCGUGCGCGAGAGAGGCUUGGUCUGCCUAGGUCUCUGCUCCCUGCUCGACCGGUCCCUCGCCGAGGAAAAUCUGUCGCUGUUCAUGCACUUCUUUAGCAAGGGCCACACGGCGCUUCAGAUCACCGCUCUCCACAUUCUCACCGACAUCCUCAAUGUCCACGGCGCGCAGCUGCUCUCGUCGAACCCAGCCUUGCUCAAGGUCUACAUCAAGGCGUUGCGGUCAGCCGCCAAGGCUCCCGAGGUGCAGGCGGCUGCCACCGUUGCUGUGUCCAAGCUACUCCUCGGGCGCGUCGUCACUGACCACGACGUGUUGGCCGAGCUGCUCAAGACGCUGCUGGUUGCCUACUUUGAGCCCGCCAGCUCUGGCAACCAGAGCGUCCGCCAGGCGCUCAACUACUUCCUGCCCGUGUUCUGCUACUCGCGCCCCGAGAACCAGGAUCUGCUCCGCUGCGUCGCCCUUGACGCCCUGCACGCCCUUUACAACGUCCGCGAGGGCUUGGACGACGAUGACGCCGACGUUGACGAGGAGAUGGUCAGCCUCUCCACCAUUGGCGCCUGCCUCGUCGACUGGACAGACCCGAGGAAGUGCUUCUCUGCGACCUCUGGCGGUGGCCUGUCGGUGGAUGGCGAGAAGAAGAACGUCAAUGGUGACGUCCAUCUUGACUUUGCCAAGAACAUCAUCGAGCGGCUCGGUGGCAACGCAAGCAAAGAAGAAAAGAAGAUCAUCGCUGCCCUGCUCGGCAAGCUGUACAUCUCGACGGCGUCCUCGGAGGACAAGAUCCGCGACGUGUACGGCGACGUGUGCCACGCCGUCGACACGCAACUACUAGCCGACGCCACGAGCCGCAACGCCCUGUACAAGAUCCACGUCUCGCUCGGUAAGAUCGUCAACAACCUCGACGCCGCCCAGGAGCAGCAAUUGCAGGUCGGUAACAACUUCCGCCGCAGCGUCAGCCGUAGCACCUCGCUCGGCGGCCUCGAAGACAACAACAAGACCGUCGUGCCAGACGACAAGACGGCCCUCCUCACGCAGGCCGACAUCAAAGAAGAAGAAGAAGGCGACGAGGGGAGCACCGUCAUGAACGACGCUACUGUCAUCCACAAGCCUGAGGACGAGGACGAGGACCAAGAGAUGGCCGAUUCGCUGGUUGAUGAUCUCCUGACCGACGACAACGACGCGUGA